AUGAGCUGGCCUGAAGAUGAGAGCAAGAAACCACUUCCAAGAAAAGGAAUUGCCAUCAAAGCAAAGCCAGAUGGGCAGGUAGAGACACGACCGGAGCACAUUCUAUCAGAGAAGCACAAUAUUGGAGAUAAGGAGCUCUUUUGGAUCAAAAGGUUGGUUGCGGGCAAGUUUCAGGGUGAGACAGACCCAGCCAAGAUUUGUGAUGCUCUUGGCAAAGACAAAGUGUGUAUCGAAGCCAUACAUCCUAAGACGAACAAGAGAUAUCAUAUCGAGUUUGACCGAAAUGGUAUCGUCAAUGCAUGGGUGCCAACCAAGAAAUGCUGGAAAGACAACAUCGACUGCUUUGUGGAGAAUGAGAGCUAUGCGCCAAGCCUCUUUGGCGUGCAUACCAAGCUGAAGAUGGAACGUGGUAUCAUGGAUUGGCUUCGUCUUGCCGGAGAGGAGGCACUGGACAGACCCUUCGAAUUUGUCACCAGUUGUGUGAACACCGCAGCUCCUUUGCUGGGAAGUGACCUCAAUGUGCAAUGGACUGACGACUACAAGGGCUUUAGGCUAUUUGGGUAUGGACUUGGUGUUGGCACUCAAGUUGACUUGGGCAAGAACGGCUUUGUCGAGGACACUGGCGUUCAUGGCAGCUAUCGACUUCGUUCAACCCUCAACACUGUGGAGACGGAUGCUUUCGGAGCUUCUUUGAAGGCUGCAGUAGACGGAGCAAGUGUGAUAGAGGUUCAGGCUGGCCUUGGGACGAAAGAGGAGCUUCAUACUCAGAUUUCCCAAGAUCAUAAAGGCCAGCUGCAAGUGGCGUCGACAGCAUCUUCCAAUGGUGGACUCUUUUUGAAAGGGAAUGUCUUGGGCGUCGCUGGUUUAUCGGUAUCGCUUGGUUCCAAAGAAGACUUUCACAGUGUGACAACCCACACUACGCCCAAGAGGUCGGAGGAGGACUUCUCACGUCAGUGCUUAAAUGGCUUGUCAUGCAGUACAACUACAGGCAGCAGGACGUCAGAUUGGUCAACGGGAAGACUGUGGAACACCCAGGGCCGCUCCAUUCAUGAUGCUCAAGGGAGAGGAGUCACAUGUUCCCAGAAGAGCGUUUCAAACUGGUGUGACUCCUUUGAAGACAAGUUCAUCGGCUACACGAUUUCAGAUGAGACGCAGCAGUACGAAUCUCGGCGUGUGACUGAGACGUAUGGUUUGGAGCAAUCUAAAGGGCGCAUGAAGCCCAUGAUGGAGCGCCAGAUCGAGCAUCAACGAAACCUGCAGACAGGACAAGAGACUACGAUCCAAACUGUCAAAAGCGGUGUGCUUUCUUCCACCGUUACCGGCCGAGGGCAAAAGACUGACAAUGGCGUUGAAUUUGACAAUGACCUUCAGACCACGCACUACCUGGAUCCAACUUUAGGCGCAUCCAGAGUUGGGAGGCUCUGCUUGACAGGUGCAGAUGCAGCAAGAUUGAAAGAGGCAGCUGCUGAGAAAUCAUCAAUUGCAAAUCGCUGGAUUGCGGAUCGCCAAGGCCAAAAGGAUAUCGCCAAGGACAUCAAAGAUGUCAUAGACCACGCCAAGGCAUCAGAGUUGUCGACUGGUAACUCAGAAGCCUUCGCGCGAGAGUUGGCUUCAAGGGUAGACAAGUACGAUGCCCAAAGUGUGCAGAAGUUUGACACGAUCCAGCAGGUCGUGGGCAAGGCAGACCCAGCUACAUGGACAUCCAAUGAAAAUCAAAGAAAGAUCCUUUCUCACAUGGGUUUGGGCGCAUCUGCAGAGUCUACAGUCAACCGAGGGUGUGAUGCCAAGUACAGAGUACUUGAUCGUACUGACUUGCGUGAGAUUGGGCAUGGAAAGCAGAUGGAUGAGAAACGCGUUGGUGAGACGACAAUUCGAAAAGAAGUCAAGGGGCUUCACGAAGAAUUGAAACUGGAUACCUACGGCCUCACAAGUGUGAAGACCUGUUAUGGCAAGUCCCUUGAGACACAAGUCCAAGAAAGACAUCGUCCUGACCACAAGAGCUUGAUGUCUUCCUCCAGUGGGUCUUCAAGGCACGAGAUGCAGACAGUGGUCGAUGGUGUGAUUGUUUCCAAAAACGUGCUGGGACAGGCAAGGCAGGAUCAAAGCACAGGGACAGUGACUACCACUAAAUCGGUGGAUGGAAGUAGCUAUGACCGCAAUGCCAUUGUUUGCACGGAUGAGAGGAGAUGGACUUUCCGAGAGGAGAGGAAAGGCGUGAUCAAAAAGGGAAAGAUUGAAGGCUUGAGUCUGAUGAGUCAGAACGGCUCUUCCAUCCAGUACAAGUCUUGUUGCAUGAUGGACUAUCGAACUGUCACGAAAACGCUGGAAAAUGGUGUUCUCACUGUGUCGGACGAAGGCCUCUUUCUGAAAAGCGUCACAUCUGGGAAAGGAGGCUUGUCGCAAAACGAGGAUGAACUUGUCUUGAAACAGGAGGAGUCCAGGAGCACGCAACUCUCUUCUCAUUCAUGCCAGGGCAUUGCAGGAGCCUUAGGUUCUGGCGUAAGGCAUUAUUUGCGAGAAGGUAAAGUGGACAAAGAUUUGGCCAAGGCUGCAGCCCAGGGUGCAGCCCACUCAUGGGGCAUGUCUAUAGUAACUCAAAGCAUCGAACGACGCGUCACAGGUGGUGGUGCUGCGGCUUUUGCAGUUCUCCAAGCUGCUCAGGAAUCCAUUGGAAUUCUUCGAGAUCCCACGAAGACCAAGGCGCAGAAGGCGGCAGAGCGUGGAGGUUCUGCAGUCAAAGCUUUAGUGGUUUGGAGCGCGGUUCGAACAGCGUCUAAGCGGAUGAUGGUGUCUGCAGCAAGUUGGAUCGUGCCAGUGGUUGAAAUUGGCUAUGAAGGUGUGCGCACCAUUGUCAGCUAUCUGCGUGGAGAAAUCACAUGGGCCAGAUGCAGAAGCAACUUGACCAAGGCAGUGUGUGUUGCUGCUCCAACCGCCUUAGGUGGUUGGGGAGGUGCGCAAGUGGGCGCUAUUGCAGGCAGCUUCCUCGGUCCUGUGGGAGGAGCUUUGGGCGGUGCAAUUGGGGCCGUGCUCGGUGGCAUUCUUGGUGAAAAAGCAGGGAGCGCCGCUUUCGCCAAUGUAUCAAAAGCUGCCGACUUUGCAGAAUGGCUUGGGUGGGAAGGGCUCUCAGACUGGUUUGCCUCCAUCAUCAAUUUGCCAGAGAAUGAGCAACUCGAGAAGGCUUAUUCGUUCCUGGGACAGGAAGCGGGUCACGAACCCCUCCGACCCAAGAAAGGUUCAUAUGAACACAUCACAGACGCAGAGAUCACCCGGUACUACCGAGAAGCUGCCAGAAGGCUGCAUCCAGACAAGCACGCGCAGGCAGACAAAGCAACUCGAAACCAAUUUGAGGCAAAGAUGCAGCAACUUCAGGUCUACAUGGAACUUAUCAAAAUAAGUCGAGAAGAAGCUCGAAAAAAGAAGACAUUUGAGGAAAUGGGUUUCAGCGAUGAGGACAUUUACCUUGCUCUGGAGAUGGAUUCAGUGCGAACUCAGAAACACGCGAAGGCCCUUCCGGCAGAAAAACUUCGCGCAGAGAUUGCGUACCUGGCAGAGUUUCAUUGUCAUCAGCUUGAACAGAUUGGUGAGGAGGAACGGGAGAUGGUCCGAUUGCUUGGGCAGAAAGCGCACCAAAUCCUUGAGGUCCCUCCCGGUGCCACAGUUGAAACAAUCGAAAAAGCAAAGCGUCGCUGUUUGCUUUGGUGCCUCGGUCGGAAGGAUGAAGUGGGCCGUCUCAUGUGUCUAAAGGCAGCAAGCUUUCUCCAAGAAGAGGACAAGCGUGGCAGUCGCCGCGGAAGCCAGGAAAGGCAACUCGACGUUUCCAAAGAACUUGCCCGUUCCAGCAAUUUCGGUGCAGAUGAAGUGAGAACUGAUACUGACCCAAUGCCUGAACUAGUCAAGUGUAGGGUGCGAGUGGGGGAGGCUCUCAGAGACAACCAGUGUAAGCUUUCUGAGUUGAACAAUUUGAAGAACGGUCUUUCGGUGCAAGAGGGGAACCUGGUCGAUUCAGCUGCCAUCCUUGCAUCUCUGCCAAAGACAAUACAGAUGUUGUGGCAAGAGGUUGAAGAAUCAAUGCCAGGGCCACAAACUUUGCAGAGAUUCACUGGCCUUUUGAAGACUGUCAAGAGGAAAGUCAGCAUUGCGUCUACAGAAAGUGACUUUAUGUUGCCCUUCUCUGAUGCAUCAUGGGUAGUGAAUCUUGCCCAGUUGACUGAUGCUGAGAUGCUGUCUUCACGAUUGCGAGAACACAUGUUGACUCCAUUGCAUGCAUCCCUUACAGCCAUUGAACCUGUGGCAAGCUUGAAAGCUGCCAAGCUCUGUGAUAGUUUCCUCGAAUCAGUUUGCAAGAUAGGAAAGAUCUGUUGGUAUGCCGAGGUUGAGUCAUACUUGCAAGACUUGGAGCCAAGAGCAGACAUGUCAAUGGUGAAUGAGUACUUGGAUCAAGCUCGAGGCUGGCUGCUUCUAGAUGCUGGUGAAAUCGCUCAACACGCCUGCAUGUGGAUGGACGUCGACUAUCAGAAUGGUUCCCUGCAGGAAACCUCUCGGACACUUGCCAAGCACUACAAAAUGCUGCAGUACUUGGAGUUUGAAGGCAAAGAUGCAGCACUGGCCAUGGCCAAUCUGGCUGUGAACACCUUCCAUUCUGCCGUGUCCUUGCUCAGCCAGCAUUGCCCACAGCCAUUGAUUCAAGAUGCUGACCCGGGAUCGCGAGCAAGCACUUUGGUUGGCUCUGCAGAUGGUCUCCACGAUGAGGAUCACGAGGAUAUGUAUGAAUCUAUCGAUUGCGACUCUCCUCCACCUGGUUGGCACGAGCCUUCUCCCUGUGACGUAUCUCCAUCUAAGGUGACUCCUAAAGUCCAUCGUUCCUCAAGGGUUGAGGAGAUUCUGAGCAUCCGACGCAAAAUAGAGCUUUGCAAAGACAACUUGCAGAAGAUUGAAGCGAGAGGCCUCCCAAUGCCACUGGUGCCGAGGCUUUCUGCGGAAUUGUUGCGAGAGAGCACGGCUGCCUUGGUCAACGACUACACGGACAUCAUCAGCUGCAAGGUUGUAGACGCAUUGUCUAGGCACCAACUGCUUGAGUUGUUGCAGGAGCUUCAGCAGCAGUUCAUGCAACCAGCCACAGAUAGCGCUGAUCCGUGUGUAGAGGGCCGUGUCAGACGACGCUUGAGGCUGUUCGGGCUUGCGCGCCCGCAAGAGAUGCAGAAACUCUUGCGAGAUAUGAUCUUGACUCCACUCCAUGUCAUUUCAUCUGCUGCACUUUUUGCCAAAGAUCAACACCUGACGGCUUCGAAGAUUUGCGAUUCCAUUGUUUGUGAAGCUUGCGACAUGGUGCCAGCCGAUUCCCAUUUCUACCAGGACAUUGAUUUUGCUGAAAAGCUUCCAGCUGAAUACGAAGAAGUGUUGACCACCCUACCGCAGCGCUUCGCAGCAUGGAUGCAUUGCAUGGCGCAAUUUGUGGCUGACGCGGGACUAUCCGAGCCUCCCAGGCUCGCUUUCUACGGCCAAGUGCCUAAAGCCAAUCUCCUUACAAAUCUGACAGCAGACUGUCGGCAGAUUCUAGCACUUUCAGCACUGUUGAGCAGAAACGAGGACUCAGAGAAUGCAUUGUCAGCCUUGAGACUCUUAGCUGCUGCAGAUGCAUUCUUCCGCACAGAUCAUUGCCAAGAAACACCAAAACCGGUUGAAGCUUUGCAGGAGAUGUCAAGCUUGCUUGAGAUCGGCGAGUUGCCAAGGAGUCAAAUCACGAAGAUUGAUGCUGAGGGUUUGCUUUGGCCAGAGGUUGAGCUGCUUAUCUCUCAUGUCUUUGCAGGCAGUCUCCCAUUUCUUGACAGCUUGCUCUUUGAUGCUGCCAGUGGAAGCUUAGACCAAAGCAAGUGGGAGGAGCAAGUGCAGUUCAUCCUGGAUUCUGCCCAGCAGGCUUUGACACCGACAGGAGCGGCGCGAAUCACUCGAGACUGGGCCAUUCCAAAAAAUGACAUUUGCUGCUUGCUCCUUUGUGCUCAGCUUUGUGACGAUUUGAGGUUCGCCUCAAUUCUUCAAAAGCUUUUUGUUGCCCCGAUGUACCUUCGGUUGCUGGCUGCAUCACCCAACAAGGGUUUGGCACAGGUGCUGUUGUUGGAGCGUUGCCAGCGGAUGAUGGAUUUGAUCCUUCCGGGGAAAAGGCUUCACAUGUCUCUGGACCUCGCUGAUGCCAUCAAAAGCGACAUGGAACUCAGCAAGAUGGAUGCAGAAUACCUUGGCAAACUCUUGUAUGGUGUUCUUGGCCAUUGCGCUUGCGCUCGUGCUGCCGGAAGGGCUGGGAGCAAAUGUGAUUGUCUCGCCCGGGCAUUGAAAUGUGCGUCGCACUAUGACCAUCCACGGGCGCCACGUGCUCCUUGGUUGGAAAGGGUUUUGCAGAUGCUUCUUGGGUGUGAUGGGCAUGAAUUCAACCAGAACACGGAGUUCAGAAGAAAUGGACACACACACACUACAGAAGGGUGA